UCUCCAAGUUGAAAUCCCCACCACUAAUAUCGGUGUGUAGGGUCACAAAGACCCUUCCUCUGUCAGUACUCCUGCCUGCCACGGCCCACGAGCUGGAAGCUUCAUCUGUCCCAGAGCCAGCGUUACCAGCCUCAUCCAUCCCAGAGCAUGCAUUGCCAGCCUUGGUAGUCCCAGAGCCUGCGUUGCCAGCCUUGUCCAUCCUAAAGCCUGCGCAGCCAACUUCGUCCUCCCAGAGAAGAAAGGCUUCUGUUUCCAAGUCUCUGCCCAUGUUUGUGACCACAGAGGUCAUCUCUGAGUCUCUGCCAAUGUACAGGACGAUGGAGGUCUUUUCCAAGUCUCUACCAGUGUUCAUAACAAAAGAGGUCGUUUCCAAGUCUCUGCCAGUGUUCACAACAACAGAGGUCUUUUCCAAGUCUCUGCCAGUGUUCACGACCACAUAGGUAGUUUCCAAGUCUCUACCAGUGUUCACGACCACAGAGGUCGUUUCCAAGUCUCUGCCAGUGUUCUCGAACCACAGAGGUCGUUUCCAAAUCUCUGCCCGUGUUCUCGACAACGGAGGUUGUUUCCAAGUCUCUACCGGUGUUCACAACAACAGAGGUAAUUUCCAAGUCUCUGCCAGUGUUCAUGACCACAGAGGUCGUUUCCAAGUCUCUGCCAGUGUUCACGACCACAGAGGUCAUUUCCAAGUCUCUCCUCAUGUCAACGACCACAGAGGUCAUUCCUGUAUCUCUGCCCAUGCGCACAACUACAGAGGUCGUUUCCAAGUCUCUACCAGUGUUCACGACCACAGAGGUCGUUUCCAAGUCUCUACCAGUGUUCACGACCACAGCGGUCAUUCCUGUAUCUCUGCCCAUGCGCACAACUACAGAGGUCAUUUCCAAUUCUCUACCAGUGUUCACGACCACAGAGGUCGUUUCCAAGUCUCUGCCAGUGUUCACGACCACAGAGGUCACGUCAAGUCUCUUCUCAUGUUCACGACCAGAGAGGUCAUUCCUGAAUCUCUGCCCAUGCCCACGACCACACGACCACAGAGGUCGUUUCCAAGUCUCUGCCAGUGUUCACGACCACAGAGGUCACGUCAAGUCUCUUCUCAAGUUCACGACCAGAGAGGUCAUUCCUGAAUCUCUGCCCAUGCCCACGACUACAGAGAAUAUUAUCAUCUAUGAGAGUUCUGUGGAUGGAAAUGCCUUGUUGAUGAGAGAGGUCAACAGAGAAUGGCCAGACUGGUUCGAACUUACAAAGUCUACGGUAACUGCGGUAAUACCGGUGUUAGCUGGUUUGAAUGUGAACAUCAUGAUACCGUGAGCCGAUCGAAGCGAAGGGGAAAUGUCAAGAACUGAAUAAAUUGGAGGACCAACGUCAGUAUCAGAAACAUCAUGAUUUUAUAUCUGGAGAAAAAUCUUUGAGUUGCUCAAAGACUAAGAAGAAUUUAUCACCAGAAAAGCAGAAA